GUGUCUUGGCGCUCUGGGCCCUAAUCACACAUGUGAUGUAUAUGCAGGACUACUGGAGGACUUGGUUGAAAGGUCUGAGGUUCUUCCUGUGUGUUGGCAUUUUCUUUGGCAUACUCUCCGUGGUGGGAUUCUGCACGUUCCUGGCCCUGGCCAUCAUAAAGAAUCAAUCCUUUAAGGAUCCGCAGAGCUACUACCUGUCCUGCAUCUGGAGCAUCCUUUCCCUCAAAUGGGCUUUUCUCCUUGGCUUAUAUUCUCAUCGGUACAGGAAAGAGUUUGCAGACAUCAGCAUUCUGAGUGACUUCUGAGAUCCUGGACGUCCGUUCCAUCAAAGAAAGACCUUGGAGGGUCAAGGAAGGCUGUUGUUAGCUGACUGGCCCUUGGAGGCAAGGGGUUGGCAAGGAGGCGGCUGAAAGAAACCAACAGCGGGUGCCUGACCUGCUUCUACAUUUUUUCUGCUGGUUCCAUUAGGAGUGCUUCCUAACUGCUGUUGUCCAAUCAUUUGCCCUUUUGACUAGCUUUGUUCGUCAGUGUGUGCUCAUCUUUCACAAGGAUUUUGUGGUUUGAAUGGAUGGUUCAAGAUGUUUCGCAGGACCUGAGUUUUGGUCCCAAGUCCCUAAUAUCUGUGACCUAUGGCAUUUUUCAUAGCUUUUUUUCUUUAAUGAGAAGCAACCCCCCCCUUUUGGGGGGAGCGGGGGCAAAUCCAUGGUCCAGUCCUAUAAAGCAAGGAUUGAUUUGUACUCCUUUCAUACAGAUGUAUUUUUAUAGUUAAAAGCGUGAAUCCAUUUUAAGACAACUUUUUUAAAGCAAGCUCUCUUCCCUUCCCCGUUGCUUUGGUGGGGAGGCUUGUAUGUGUGCUGCUGGUGUUGGUUAUCACAGUUUAGGGACAAGACAUGUGCGUUGUGAACAAAACUCUGCUCUGCACCAUUUUUUUUUCUCUCCUGCCAGUCUUAAAUAGUUAUGAUGGAUGUUUCUUUAAUUUCAGUUAGGUAAAGCUAACUACUGUUGCAAAGGCAUCUGCAGUUUUGGAGAGUGACCCUCUGGGUUAAGAAGGAACACAACAUUCCUAUCCCAACAUUUCCCCUUCCCCUGUUGCUAUCUGCUCAGCAUAAGGAGGGACCUGGAGACUUCCAGAUGUUGUUAAUUACAGCUGCCAGCAGCCUCAGCCAGUGGUGAUGAAUACCAUGAACGGGGCUUCAGAAGUAACUGGAGGGCCUGGGUUCCUCAUCCGUAAUGCCAUUUUCUUGCAGACCGCUUUGUGUUUUUGCUAAAACUGUUAUUUUAUAACGUGAAUGACUGCCAUAUUUUAGGAUCGGGGAAGCCAAUUCAUUUUUAGAAGUCAAGCGUGUUGUCUGUAUUUGUUGCAGACUGGGACAAAAAUGGAUAAUUGUCACAAUAAUUUUUUUGUUAUCUUAUUCUCUGAUUUUUACGUCUGGUUGAAUAGGAAUUCAGCGGUCCAUGCUGAAUGAGUUACAAGCGGACUGUUAGCCAAGGAACUCUGCAUAAACUAAUUUACAAAAAGAAAAGUGCAUUUUGUUUUAACAGAACACUUAGCUGUUUUAGAUCAAGCUUGUCUGGGAUAGAGUUGAACAAAUGGGGUAGGUGCCAUGUAUGAGAAGAAAUGGUGGCUUGGGAAUUUCUCUGCCUCACCUGGGCACAACAUAUUGCCUUUGAGUUCUUUUUCUAAACUAAAUUGCCAUUGUGAUCUCACUUAGAAUGUUUCAGUUGUUGUACAGUGGAUGUGUUUGAAUGGGUGGGUGUGUUGCACUAUUCCUCCUUCACCCAUCUCUCCCCUUUUCGCUUAUGCUGACCUGGCAACCGGGUGUGCAAUCGCUCCUUGCAGUUUCUCUCUUUCUCUCCUACUCUAAGAGCCGCUGGCACUUCUUUGGGGCUGAUACUCUUCCUCCAUCUAAAGGAAAGAUUAUAGGAAUUUAGACUAACUCUAACUUGAAAGCAGAAUGAUAGAGGAUGCCCUGUUUCUUAAAUGUCUGUAUCUUUACCUAUCAAAUGUGUAGACUUCUAUGUAGAAUGAUCCCUAUUCAGGUGGCUGUGGCUGAGGCAAUUGUCCUCAAGAUGUCAGGAAGCACUGGAAUGAGAAUCAAGUGGGUCGUUGUUCCCUUCGGAUUUAUGGGGGAUUAACCUGUUGGAUAUAAGGCAGCUGUAGAGAUGCUUCAAGUAUAUCGACAAGCUCCUUAUGCUUCAAAUGCCAUCCUGUUUGUCAAAUACGCCGCACGGCCAGUGAUACUCUCAUCAGGCUUGGUGAUCCGUACUGCAAGGACUGGGUUUCUUGGUGUUCUUUUGAAAAACAGGGAUUCCCAACAGCACAGAAGGGAUUUGGUAAAUGCAGGAACACCAAAUCUUCAUGGGCAGUUGAAGAAGAGCGUAAGAACGAAUCCAUUUGGCUCAAGAUGUCCUCCGAUAGAAUUAAGUUAUUCAUGUGCUAAAAGGUCAUUUACUAAGGAGCUUACGGUGAAGAAAAAGGUAACCAGGCUGGUGCCAGGCAGUGGAGAAGGUGGGACUUUGUCCAUGCUCUGCUUCAUUUCUGUAGUAACAUUGCAGAAGACCCAAUGGUGACGCAUUACAUUACAUUCAUCCACUCUUUUCAAUCUUGCUGCUCCAUCCCUGCUGAAACUCAAACAGCAGAUAAUAUGUUUUGUGUUUUGCUUUCUCCUCUCCAUGUGCAAUAGGUAUGUGACAGGAAGUGGUUCACCCAGGUGAAGGAUGUUCGCAUGCCAUUUUUUCUUAUUAAUAAAAUGAAAUUAAAAAAACA